GCUGCAUCUGACACUCUUGCUCCCUUUUUUCUUUUUCUAGCAAAAUAAUUGUACAUGUCUUUUGAGCAAAAGUUCUCCUUUUUGUCUAUAUGGUGUUGUUUAAGUUUUAAGUCAAUAUAAACACUAAUUUUAUUUUCGUAUCCCAUUAGUCUAAUUUUUUUUUUGGACGGAUCUAAUGUAACACGUAAAUCCAAGUAGCUAUUUUUUUUUAAUUUAAUUGUGGUUUGAACGGCUAAAUAGGGAAAUAGUGGAAUUUGGUUAAUUGAUAUAUUUUUAUGCCCAUCUAAUGGAUACAGUAUUGUGUAAUGGGAAUCAUAAGAAUGAUAGAAUGGAGAAUGAGAAAAUAAAGCUAAAAGAGGACAGUUUAGACAUGUAAUAUGAAUUAGUUUAGAAAAGGUCUUUAAAUGCAACCUACUGGUUAGACAUUCAUUACUUACAUUCUUACUAAAUAUCAACUCAAUAAUAGGACUAUGCUGUAAAAGUCCACAGUUGUGAGUCUAUAUAUACCCUCCAUACCCCCUACAUCCCACACUUUGGCUGGAUUGCCCUCCCAUUUCCUAAACAAUGGACCACAUUCUGUCGGCGAAUUUUGAAGCGUAUGAGUCUGCAUUUGCUGUUGUCAGUCGUCCUUACGAGAUGACUGCUUCUGUGGCAGAAUUUUUCGCAACAAGGUUUGAUGUUGAACUUAGUAACAGGUGGUUGUUAUUUGACCCUGUUGGUAAUAGGCAUUCUGUCCAAUUUAUUAAGUGUCCUGUUAAGCCACAAAUUUCAACUGGGUGGUUUGAAAUCCGUCAUUUUUAUGGAUUGGAGGGGGUGAGAUGGUGUAUUUUGAGAUAUAAAGGAGGGUCUAUGUUCGAUCUAUUUGUUUACGGUAGAAAUUCACAAGAGAUAGACUACCACAGAGGGCCUCGAUCCAAACACUUAGAGUAUCCCCCUAUGUUAGAGCCCAUUGUAACAAAUGUGCCAGAAUGGAGAUUUUAUCCAUGUUAUUUCACAGUGCAACUUACGGAAAGCCAGUCAAAAGGAAGCCAGUUGAAUGUUCCUAAGCACAUUGCUUACUACCUUCGUAACUCUGAUGUUUUCCACUGGAUUCUAAGAGGGCCAUCUGGCAUUCAAGUGUUAUGUAGCAUACUUGCACCAGAACGAUUCAACUACGCUAAGAUCGGUAGAGGUUGGAAACUCUUCUGUGAACUGCAUUCUAUACAUACUGGACAAGUGGUAUCUCUUCUUUUUUCAACCGAAGAUAUCAAACUGGUGGAUGUUAUUAUCCACCCAUAUCAAGUGUAACAGCAUUUGCCUUUAUUUCGUUGCCACUUAUGUAUGAUGUAUCCAUAUAUAUGUAUGGUAACAAGCUUCCAUCUGAUGUAUAAUCCAUUAGGAUUAUUUUUUUUUAUUGCAAACUUCCUGGUAACCAACGUA